UCGUUUGCACCACUGUUCCUCGCCGUUUCCUAGACGUCCACUGUUGUCUUCUAGCUGCUGCCGUUGUCCACGUGCCUUUCAUGGCCGACGUCUUUCGGAGGCUGCCGCUGCUGGUGCUGGUCGUCCUCUUGCUCCUCCUCUUAGUUGUCUUCCACGUGUGCAUCCUUGGCAACGUUCCGCGAUGUGCCCGCAAAAGACAGUCUUUGAAGAAGGACGUCAGGAUGGAGGGGCGCCAAGCGAUCUGCAGUUCUGCAGGGGAGCAGGGUGGUGGCCAGCGGGCUGGGCAGAGCCCGUCGAGGAGUUCAAGGUCGUCGGAGCGGUUUGGGUACGCGCACCUGCCACCACACUUGCAACCUCUGCCGGACAUGUCCACGAGGAGGCGGAUGACAGACGGUCACGGACCGUGCCGCUGGGAAGCGGGUCCACCCAGGAGUGGGAGGCUACAGAGCUGUGUGGAAGCCGAGACGACGGUUAUGGCCAGUCCUACACCGAACUCCUCCAGCAGGGGCUCAGCGGCGACGAAGGUGAUGGCGGCGUGAAUUUGCCGUUCGGGCUGUGUAGCGGGAGGUCGUUGGCCGCCUCGCGAACGAUCAUCGUUACCCUCCAUCCCGACGACGACGGCGGGCGAGUGACGACUGUUGCACGAUCAUCGAAGUCUCCAACCUCUCAUUCCUUAUUGGUGGAGGAGGAGGAGGAGGAGGAGGAGGAGGAGGUAGGACAGGAGGAGGGGGAGGACUGGGAGGAGGAGGGGGAGCAGGAGGUGGGAGGAGGGGGGGGAGGAAGGAGGGGGAGGAAGGAGGAGGUUGAAAAAAACGAGGUGGAGGAGGAAAAGGAGGAUGUGGAAGAGGAGGUACAAAAGGAGGAGGAGGAAGAGGAGGAGGGUGAAAAGGAGGAAGAGGAAGAGGAGGUACAAAAGGAGGAGGAGGAAGAGGAGGAGGGUGAAAAGGAGGAAGAGGAAGAGGAGGUAAAAAACGAGGAGGAGGAGGAAAAAGAGGAAGACGAAGACGAGUUAGCAUGGAAGCUGAGAAUGAAGAGGGAGAAGAAGAGGAGGAGAGAGGAAGUGAAUAAGAUGACCGCAACAGUGGCAAAGGUGCAGGAGUGUAGAGCGGAGGUGCUGGCCCAGCCAGAUGAUAAGGCCAAGUGGGACAAAGUACUGGGCUAUCUUGAGGUGCUGAGCAAGGCCUGGAUGGAGGAGCGCCAGACAAGCUGGAGCCAGGAUGUAGCGUUGAGUGUCAUGCGGUCCGGGUUCAGGGAUUUUGCGCGCGAAAUCGCCACCCACAUUGGGGGCGAAGUCAAACAGUUGAGGGACAAUGUAGGGAAGUUUUGUGAGGGCGCCAUUCAGGGUGCCAAAGCUGCAGCCGCUGUAGAAGGAGAGGGCAGACCCCGUAAGGACCCAGUGAAACUUAAGUUCCCAGACGCGUAUGGGGGGAAGAAGGACGAAAACUUUGACAACUGGGAGGCCAGUGUCAAUAGUUACAUUUACUUUCAGCAUAUCCUGAUAGAGGAACAAGUCCUCGUGGCCUUCCAGGCCCUGAAAGAUGAAGCGGCUAGUUUCGCCAGGUCCCUUGCGCGUACAGCCGGUUGUGAAAACAACCUGGUUGCCUAUUCCAAAGUUACCCCUCUUUCCCAAUUCCUCAAGCUCCUCAAGGAGCGUUUCGCUGACCCAACGCGAGGCAUUAGAGCCUCUGACAAGCUGCAAACGAUCCACUCRMGGCAGUGGAGKAGUGCCAAGGCACUCAAAGGUACCAUGGACGACUUGGUAGCCGUCCCGGACCACGGGGUUACUGAGCCCYAGCURGUCCAGUUGUUUUAUCGUGCCAUUCCAGAGGCCCUACGCGGGCAUUUCUUUGACAAAUYUCAGCAGGCCGGCAUAACUUACGAUGCAUUGAGUCGCGAAGUCGUCCUGUAUGAGUCGAAGUCUAUGCCAGUUACCACUUUCUGGCAUAAGGACUUAGAGAAGGGGAAGAAGUGGAAGAAUCGUACCAUCUUAGGCCAAGUAAAGGCCAAGGAUCACAUGAUCCAGACAUUAGAAGAAGGUGGUACCGAUGAGGUCCCAUAUGACCAGAUUGAGUGGGGUCUUGAAGAUGAUGGCAGUAGUGUGGGGCAGGGGAGGUCUUACGUUGUUGUCGCGGCUGGGGGGAGGCCGCAAGGAGGAGGAGGAGGCCGGGGCCAAAGGGGCCAGGCCAUGGGUGGCCGAGGACCGGGCGCACAGGGGGUUGGCGGGCAGGGAAACCACCAAGCGGGAGGUAGGGGUCAAGGUCCCCCGUCAAAUCGCCAAGGUUCAUUUCGGUCCCCACAGCGAGGAGGUGGAAGGGCACCUCAAGGAGGAUGGCACCCAGGCUUGCCACAGGGCAGGCCCUGGGAAGAUUUGGGCUUGGACCAGCGCGUAUGGCAAGAACGCGUGGACCAGCCGCCAGUAGGGGUCGCAACUGCCCCUACUUCCAGGCCAUGUGGAGAAGUGAGCGCGCGCGAACAGGACACUCCCAACCCACAUGAGCCUAUGGAAGAGGUUGCAGGCCUGUGCCUAGAUAGCUGUCCAGAGACCGCCUGUGUUAGCGUCUCUUUAGGCACGUCCGUCACAGGUGUGGCAGAAGAGUUAAAGGAGAGGAUGCCAGCCUGGGCCAAAAUGAAAAAGGAGAGCAAGGGACAACUGAUUUUGGUAGAUAUAGAGGUGUUUAGAAGUAGAGUAGGGGCCCUUAUAGACUCAGGGGCUACCCGUAGUUAUAUCAGCCGUAGGGCGCUGAAGAAGUUGAGGCUGGGACUAAAAGUCCAAAAGCUAGUAGACCCCAUAGUCAAUGUCCUCGCAGGCAACCGCACGAUGCGCGUUGAGGACUAUGUAGAGGGAGUCCAGACAUAUUUUCGCCUAGAGAAGGAUGGGAAGGUGGAGAAAGUUCUCCAUUCCCUGACUCUCCUCGUGCAGGAUGACCUUCCUUUCGAUAUAGUGUUAGGAAUGGAUUGGGGAGAGGCAGCAGGGGCUACACUUCAUUUGAGAGAGCAUGAGUGUAGGCUCCCUAGUCCGUCAGGCGAGGUUAAGACUGUCCGCUUGUUCCAUGUGUCUAGUGUAGAUAGCACCUUGGCACAUUGCUGUCUCAGUGCUCCCGUGUUCGCGCGAUUAGUAAAGAAGGAGAAGUUAGAAGACCAGGUCUUUGUAGUUUAUGUUAGACCUGUCACUGAGGCCCAGGAAAAGGAUAGUUCCACAAAUCCAACAAUUGCCAAGCUUCUGGAAGAAUUCAAAGACUUGACUGAGUCGCCGACAGGAGUAGUGUCGCGACCCAUCCAGCAUAGGAUAGAGAUAGAGCCUGGCAGCAGAACCUCUAAGGGUGCAGUCUACAGGAUGUCCCCUAGAGAGUUAGAGGAGCUUCGCAAGCAGUUAGACGAACUCCUUGAGAAAGGUUGGAUCAGGCCCAGUUCGUCUCCUUUUGGAGCACCCGUUUUGUUUGUCCCUAAGAAGGAAGGAGAGCUGAGAAUGUGUAUAGACUAUAGGGGUUUGAAUGCGAUCACCGUGAAGAAUGCUGAGCCGCUGCCCAGGAUAGACGAUCUUUUAGAUCGGGUGCAGGGUUGUAAGUAUUUCUCUAAAAUAGACUUAAAGUUCGGAUACCAUCAGAUAGAAGUCCAUCCUGAUGAUCAGUACAAGACUGCAUUCCGGACUAGAUAUGGGCAUUAUGAGUUUAUAGUGAUGCCCUUUGGACUGACCAACGCGCCAGCUACUUUUCAGCGUUGCAUGAAUGACCUGUUUAGACCGUGGUUAGAUAAAUUUGUGGUAGUCUACUUAGAUGAUAUCCUAGUCUUUAGCAAGACCCUCCAGGAGCAUCAGGGUCAUCUGAGGCAGGUCUUGGAGAAGCUUAGAGAGGCUAACUUCAAGAUCAACGCGAAGAAGUGCGAGUGGGCCAAGACACAAGUUUUGUACUUGGGCCACAUAUUAGACGAAGAUGGCAUCAAGCCAGAGGACAGCAAGAUCGCAGCGAUUAGAGAUUGGCCGACGCCCCGCACAUUGACAGAGUUGCGGUCGUUCCUAGGCUUAGCUAACUACUACAGGAAGUUCGUGAGGAACUUCUCCACUAUCGCCGCUCCCUUGCGUCGAUUGCUGAAGAAAGAGGCAAUCUGGCAAUGGGACAAGGACUGUACGUUUGCGCUCAAGAAGCUAAAGCGCGCGUUAAUAGAGUAUCAUGUCCUCAAAGUUGCAGAUCCGUCUUUGCCAUUUGUCGUCACCACGGACGCGAGCCAGUAUGGGAUAGGCGUCGUGUUGCAGCAAGAUGACGACAAUGGCUAUAGACCCGUAGAGUUCAUGUCAGCGAGGAUGCCCUGUGAGAAGGUCGCUACCUCCACGUACGAGAGAGAACUCUACGCUCUCCSGCAGGCUUUAGACCAUUGGAAUCACUAUCUGCUUGGGAGGCACUUCAAAGUGUAUUCGGACCACGAAACGCUUAGAUGGUUAAAGACUCAGGCCAAGAUGACACCUAAGUUGACUAGGUGGGCCGCAGAGAUAGACCAAUUCGACUUUGAGCUCAAGCCAGUGAAGGGCAAAUACAACGUAGUUGCGGAUGCUCUGAGUAGGAGAUCAGAAUAGUUUGGAGCCGUAGUACACUAUCUGGAUAUAGGGAGAGACCUGCAGGAGAAAGUGAGACAAGCAUAUACGCAGGACCCUAUC